AUGGCAGGGUCAGGCACUGCUGAGCUUCGCAAGCCAGUUUUCAAUGGAGAAAACUAUGAGUUUUGGAGCAUUCGCAUGAAAACUAUUUUGAAAUCUCAUGGGUUAUGGGAUUUGGUUGAAAAUGGUUUUGAUGUUUCUGAUCCAAAGCAGGGAAUGGAAAAAGACGAAGGAUCUAAGGUUGCUGAAGUGGAGAAGUCUACGAUGGCUGAGAUCUUGAUGAAGGAUGCUCGUGCACUUGGAUUGAUCCAAAGUGCAGUCUCAGACCAAAUCUUCCCCAGAAUAGUGAAUGAAGAAACCUCAAAGGGUGCAUGGGAUAUUCUAAAGCAGGAGUUUAGAGGCGAUAAACAGGAUAGUGAACCAUUGUCUGUUUACAUUGCUAAACUAUUUGAUUUAAUUAAUCAAAUGAAAAGUUAUGGUGAAGAGCUGCCUAGAGAAAGAGUUGUGCAGAAAUUGCUGAUUAGUUUGCCUAAAUCGUAUGAUUCUAUAUGCUCUGUGAUUGAGCAUUCCAAGGACCUUGACACUCUUGAAAUUCAAGAAGUGGUUGCAUCUCUGAAGAGCUUUGAGCUCAGAUUGGAUAGGCAUACUGAAAAUUCCACAGAAAAGGCUUUUACUAGCCUGAACAUAGAGAGUAAAAGCUCUAAGAGUGGAAGUUCUUCUGGAAAUCACAAAUCUCAGAAGAACUGGAAGUAA